AUGUCGGUUGAACUGCGGGUUGGUGGGAAGUGGCGGCUCGGCCGCAAAAUCGGUUCCGGCUCCUUCGGGGACAUCUACCUCGGUACAAACGUGUACACUGGUGAGGAGGUUGCGAUAAAGCUCGAGUCGACGAAAACAAGGCAUCCCCAGCUGAGCUAUGAGAGCAAAAUCUACCGUUACCUGGGAACGAACCCUGCGACGGGUCAGCCUGCGGUCGGGAUCCCGCAGGUUCACUGGUACGGCACCGAGGGCGACUUUAACAUCCUAGCGAUGCAGUUACUCGGUCCGUCGCUGGAAGAUCUUUUCAACUUUUGUCACCGGCGGUUUUCCCUGAAAACCGUGUUGAUGCUGGCGGACCAAAUGAUCCAGCGUAUCGAGUACGUGCACAGUCGCUCCUUCAUUCACCGCGAUAUCAAACCGGACAACUUUCUCAUGGGUCUGCGACGGGACUCGAGCGUGGUAUUUCUCAUCGACUUUGGCUUGGCGAAAAAGUAUCGUGACCCGCGUACGCUUGUGCAUAUUCCGUAUCGAGAGAACAAGAACCUGACUGGGACCGCGCGGUAUGCGAGUAUCAACACGCACCUUGGCAUUGAACAGUGCCGACGCGACGACCUCGAGUCACUUGGCUACGUACUCAUGUAUUUUAAUCGAGGCAGCUUGCCGUGGCAAGGUCUGAAAGCAGCCACCAAGAAACAAAAGUACGAAAAAAUCAGUGAACGCAAAAUAUGCACCCCUGUGGAUAUCUUGUGUCGCGGCUUUCCGUCCGAGUUCGCCACGUAUCUGAACUACUGCCGCUCACUGCGCUUUGAGGACAAGCCCGACUACAAUUAUCUGCGAAGGCUAUUCCGGGACCUUUAUCGGCGCAAAGGCUAUCAGGACGACAAUGCGUUCGACUGGACCCUCAUGCGAAAGGCAGCACUGGAAGCACCGACAGGCGCUACGAUGGAAUCCGGGGUGGCGGCGAUGCCCGCCGACGAUACCGGGAGUUGCGGCGCGAAUCGGGCCGAUGUCGGAGAAAACUACGCUGGCAAGCAGGAGCUCGAGCUCGAUACCCCCGAGGAUAUUGCCGUUCCGGUCCGAUACCUGACGCGACCGGACACAGCAUACGGGCGACCGGCGCCUCCGACGACAGCGGCACCACUGCCGUAUUCGGAGCCGCCACCAGCGCCGUCGCCGCGGUAG